GGUCCUUUAUAUGUUGUGUCGGCCAUUCAAUGGUCUGAACGUUGUCAAAGUAUUUCGGUCUGUUAUCAUUUUCAUAUAAUGAAUGUUAAAUACGUACAGAAAUACGACAUCUCUGUGUUAUCUUAAAAAAAACUCUUGAACACGAUUUGGCCGUGAGCUUUGAGUAAACACGGUAGAGCGCACCAGGACUCGUUUCUGCUCAGAAGAUGGACGUCGCUUACGUCUGCGAGUGGGAAAAGAGACCGAAAAGCAACCACUGCCCCUCCAUUCCACUCGUGUGUGCCUGGUCCUGCAGGAACCUCGUUGCUUUCACCACCGACCUCAAAAACGAGGAGGAGAAAGACCUGACUCAUAUGAUCCACAUCAUUGAUACCGAGCACCCCUGGGACAUCUACUCCAUCAAUUCAGGACACAAUGAGGUCAUCACGUGCCUGGAAUGGGACCAGUCCGGCUCGCGACUGCUCUCUGCUGACGCGGACGGGCAGAUUAAAUGCUGGGGGAUGGCAGAGCACUUGGUGAACGGCUGGGAGAGUUCCCUGGGGAGUGCUGUGGAGGGAGACCCCAUCGUCGCCCUGUCCUGGCUGCACAACGGGGUCAAACUGGCCCUGCAUGUCGAGAAGUCAGGCUCAUCGAAUUUCGGGGAGAAGUUUUCGCGGGUGAAGUUCUCUCCGUCUCUGACUCUGUUCGGAGGGAAGCCGAUGGAGGGCUGGAUGGCGGUGACGGUGAGUGGGCUGGUGUCCGUGUCUCUGCUCAAGCCCAACGGCACGCUCCUGACUGCCAGCGAGAGCCUGUGCCGACUGCGGGGCCGCGUGGCGCUGGCGGACAUCGCCUUCACGGGAGGGGGGAACAUUGUGGUGGCGGCCACCGACGGCAGCAGCUCCUCCCCGGUGCAGUUCUACAAGGUGUGCGUGGGGGUGGUGAACGAGAAGUGCCGCAUUGACACAGAGCUCCUGCCCUCUCUCUUCAUGCGCUGCACCACAGACCCGGCACGCAAGGACAAGUACCCCGCAGUCACACACCUCAAAUUCCUCACAAGGGAGAACUCUGAGCAGGUGCUGCUCUGUGCCUCCAGCCAGCUGGGCAGUAUUGUGGAGUGCUGGUCCCUGAGGAAGGAAGGACUCCCGGUCAACAAUAUAUUCCAACACCGCUCCCCAGUAGUGGGAGAGAAACAGCCUAUGAUCCUCAAGUGGAGAAUCCUGUCAGCCACCAGCGAUCUGGACCGUGUUUCAGCCGUGGCGCUGCCCAAACUGCCCAUUUCCAUCUCCAACACUGACCUCAAAGUGGCCAGCGACACCAAGUUCUGUCCAGGCCUCGGGCUGGCCCUGGCGUUUCACGAUGGCAGUAUUCACAUCGUGCACCGCCUGUCUCUGCAGACCAUGGGUGUGUUCUACGGCAGCUCAGCCUCCUCUCAGCGCGGCUCCGAAGAGCCGGCCAUCAAGAGGCAGCGCCCCGCCGGUACUGCCACCCACUUCAAGGCUCUGCAGCUCUCCUGGACCUCCCUGGCUCUCGUGGGCGUCGACAACCACGGCAAGGAUAAAAACCAGCCCUGCAGCUCACCGGGCACUGGCGUGGGAGUGCCAGAGCCAAUGCUCCCUGUGGACUCCCGGGACUGCAUGACUCACCCUGCACACCACGCGGCCAAGUCUUUACCAAUAAACAGACAGGGUGCACUGUGA